UGGAAAAUCCUUGAAAGAUAAUUACACCAACUUUUGAAAGUCUGCUGGCGCAAAACACCCUGCGGUCAGCGCAUACGAACCAGCAAGAAUAGCAUGCGACGAGGGCUGAUCUGAAGCCUGAGCUUUUGCUGUGCACGAUUGCGCGCAUCCUCCCCCAGCAUCCCUCAACGAGCCGAUACCGACCAAUCGCCAUUUCGGACAUGCUAUACAUUGGCUGUCACAAUGGCUAAUAGAACCGGAAACCCCCCACAAUCCUUCAUCUCAAGCUAUGCUCCACGAUUGCGAACAUAUGCGAAUUCAUUGCUCACACCUGUGAUCCCGCAAGCAAGCCUACCUGUCGCAUUAUCCAGAACCACAAAACGAGGGACGAUUGCCAUCAACUAUGCCGAAGAUGGAUAUGAGGAUCUCGACGACGACGAUGACGAUAGCCGGAGGAGACCUACUGGACUACGGAGCUUGCGCAGAGAUGAUUCCGGCCAGGCAAAGCAGGAUCCGUCAGAGAAAGUAGGCAAGGAAACUUCAACUCCAGUUGAGGUCCAGGGAAUCUGGAGAGACUGGAUGAGCAAGGCGCGACUUACGAAAUCAGAUAUACACUAUCAUGCGCAGUCGGCAUUGCCUCUCACGCUGAUUCCAAUCUGCAUUGAUCUUGAGAUUCCACAGUUCAUUCCUCCCGCCGCUCUACCACCGCCUCAAGGUCCUACGUUCGGACAGAUUGAUGUCUCCCUCCCAGUUUAUCGACCAGGAGAGGCGACUGUGCCAUAUCGAUUGAAGGAUAUGUUCCUGUGGAAUUUACACGAAACUUUGACAACUACGGAUCAGUUCGCCCAGGUUAUGGUUCAGGAUCUGGAUCUUCCCGAUCGACCCCGUUAUGCUAUGGAAAUCAGCAAGCAGAUUCGAACGCAGCUAGAGGAGUACGCGGGUGUUGCGCUUCAUCCGUUGUUCCAUGCGCAGCAUACAUCAACCAGUAAUGGUGUUGUCACUACAAUCAAAGCUGUCUCCCGUGAUGUGUCUUCUACUCCAGCUGGCAGUGGAAACGCGACACCAAUGCGAAAUGGCUCAAGUCAAUUAAUUGGACCAUCUACACCUAUGAAAUUAGAUACUCCGUUGGUCACAGCUACUGCGGCACCUAUCCUUCCCGAUUCUGACGAGUUCAACCCAGAUGACAUGUAUCGUUGUACCAUCAACCUAAGUGUCAAUCUAUCGAACAACUUAUAUCAGGACAAGUUUGAAUGGUCACUGCUCCACCCACCUGGCACGGCGGAAAUGUUUGCCAAACAAACAUGUGGAGAUUUAGGUUUAUAUGGGGAAUGGGUUCCAGCAAUCACACAUGCCAUCUAUGAAGCUGUAUUGAGGUUGAAGAAGGAAGCUUGCGAGAACGGCGGCCUCGUAGGCGGGCUCGGUGGGGAAAUUGCCAAUGAUGCGGCACAUGGGGCAGAAGCUGGGUGGAGAUACGAUAAUGAGCAUCUUGCCGAUGAAUGGGAACCAAAAUUGGAGCAGUUAUCCAAGGAGGAGAUCGAGAAGAGGGAAGGUGACAGAGAAAGGAGAAUUAGAAGACUACGACGUGAAACUGCAAGGUUCUCCUCGAAUACUGGAAUGAUGGGAGGUUUACCUCAACCUACAGAGGCCAGGUAUGACGAUGGCGAAGAGCGCAUGGGCCGCGGGGAGCGCAGUAAGAAGAAGCGUCGAUUCAGAAGUUUGAGUCCAGUGGGGAGAUCAGGUACACCUGGUGGAAGAGGGACACCAGAUGGAGGUCUUGCUGGAUAUGGUGGAGGGAGUUCCCUCACGGAUUAUGACCGCCCGAACUGGAGAUGCGCACAUUGUCAAAUUUGGGGAACUGCGGUUUGGGCUGUUAGGGAUGGGCCUGAACAGUUUGGCGCUCGAGUAAGUUUGAUCUUUCCACUCCACAUUGAAUUCUUUGUUGACAAAUUCCGCAGAGCCUUUGUAAUAAUUGCGGUUUCCUAUACGAACGCGAUCGCAAACUUCCGAAGUUUGCAAAAGAUCUGCACAAGGAAGAUAAACGGGCUUCGGAUUAUAGAGGAUGAUUUAAUGGAACAUCGGUAUAUUUCAAGGCACGGUUCUUGUUUCUUGUUCGAAGAUGAUGUGAGGAUAAUCUUGGAGUUUUAGGAGUACAUCACGUAUAUCACGUGUGAACAUGGGAUUCUCGUGUGGGGAGUUUGACUUGACCUUUGGAUUCAUAGUUGGGG